AUGGCGACAACUGCUAAAACAUUUACAAGAACUGCAGCAGCUGCAGAAGGAAACAGUGAAAAAAGCAUAAAUGAGCUCCUGGUGAAUUACCAAAACAAGGGGUCUUCAGAAAUGCCAGUCAAGUUUCAGUACUUGGAAAUAGUAAGCUUUGUGGGGGUAUUCAAGAAUUACAAUUUGCCUCCAUGCUUUAGCCAAGCUUCCAAGAAACAAGGGAUGUCUCAUGCUUCAAAAGUAAAAUUCUCAAUAAUUGGUGCUGUCCUGUUUCUUAUUUCAUUAUCAUGCUUCUUUGCCACUCUUUAUUGGGUAAGCAAGAUGAGAAGGAAACCUGUUGCUGUGCCUUCUGCGGAGGAUUCUUUUGUGAACGUAUCUUAUGCAGAACUCUUUAAAGCAACAGAUGGGUUCUCCUCGGCCAAUUCGGUCGGCACUGGAAGUUUUGGCACUGUAUUUAAAGGAAUUCUAGAUCGUCUUGGAACUAUGGUAGCAAUUAAAGUCUUCAACCUUCAACGACAAGGAGCUAUGAGGAGCUUCAUUGCCGAAUGUGAGGCCUUGAGAAACAUUAGGCAUCGGAAUCUUGUUAAGAUCAUAACUUGUUGCUCAAGCAUUGAUUUUGAAGGAAAUGAUUUUAAAGCUCUAGUUUACGAGUACAUGCCUAAUGGAAGUCUAGAGAAGUAG